AUGUCUCCUCCACGCGACCCAACAUCCGACUCCGAAGACGAUGACCCAGACUACGUGCCCCCCGAGCACCAAGACUCGGAUAGUUCUGGAGAUGAAGAAGGGAAUGAUGAGACUACACUGCCGAAUGAAGUGAAAGAGCAAGAUCUAGCCGAGAAGAAAAAGGCGCGGGACACGCUAUGGGCUAGUUUCCAGGCGUCUGUCGCCUCGCCACCACCUCCGAAGGUCCAAGAGCCGCCCAGGAAGCCCGUGAAGAUCGAAAAACGUUAUCUUUUCGCAGGGAAGAACAUAGUAGAAGUGGUUGAAGUCCCUGAGGAUUCAGAAGAUGCCAAACAGUGGCCACGGUGGCAGCCACCAGAGUCGUCUUCUGUUGCUGCACCAGCACCGGAGUCUUCGUCAUCAACCACCGACGUGGGUUUAUCAGCAUCAAUGUCAGCAGGUCCCAUGAAGCCUCUGGCACAGAAAUCUGCCCUAGGGAAACCCCCGGGACCUCGCAAGCCUCGCACGUCAUUAGCAGACAUACCGACUCAGAAGGCUAAGAAGAUUACUACUCUUGAUAAAUCUGCAAUGGACUGGCGAGCGCAUGUCACGUCGAGCGAUGUCAAAGACGAGCUUGAUGCUAACCGGCGUGGGGGUGGUUACUUAGAAAAGAUGGACUUCCUGAAACGAGUCGAGGACAGGAGAGAGGAUGCCUUUGAAGCGAGCAAAUCUAACAAAAGGCGAAGGACGUGA